AUGGAUCUGAAGAUCAAUGAGAAGGCAGCCAUUGCCCAGAAGCAAUUCAUGGACAAAUGCGCCAAGUUGGUGGAGGGCGUGAAAGGCGAGUGGCAACUCGAGGCGUGCAGUGAGCAUUGCGCCGCUGAGUACGGCAAGCUCUAUGGCCGUUUUGGAACGAAUCCCUUGCUGGCUGUGAAGGGUGGAAAGAAGGCACCACGCUACUUGCUGGAUCGGCAGGAGGUUUGGGUCAUCUACAAGCCGCCGUUGUGGCAGAUGGGAGCCAACCCGGUCAGAUGGGAGCAAAACGUGUACAAACUGGUAAGUGAAACUAGUUCACUAGCAGAAGCACAGAGGAAGAUGCUGGAAGAAAACAAGGCUUCGAUUAUCCAAGAGUGGCAUGGCCUCACCGUGGGGCUCAAGUGGAUUGUGCCAACGACUGGGGAUCCCUACCACAGGCCUGUGAAGGACUGGGGCUUUGUGCAGCGCUUGGAUUUGGAAACCGACGGCCCAAUCAUCACCGCCAAGACAUGGCGUGCCCAACGGAUGUUGCAGGUGCAAUUGAAGGAACACAUCUUUUCGAAGGCUUACCUGUGCCUGGUGCAUGGCAAGGUGGAGAACCGCCUUCAAUGUGUGGUGAACAGGUAUGCAGAAUUGGGAGGAACAGAAGGCACGCAGAUUAUGGUCAAGCAUGACGCUCUCAAUGAUCCAUUCUUCGGCAAGUCCAGAAGUGGUUGGUGGAAGCAUCGGAACAUUCGAAGGGCUAAAACCUUCUUGAAGCCGAUCGCGUAUUACAGGAAGAAGGACGACCAGUCGGAAUACAGCUUGGUGUAUGUCAACAUUUUGAGUGGUAUUACUCACCAGGUGAGAAUUACCAUGCAAAGUCUGGGUCACCCACUGGUCAGCGACGAUCGCUACCUUCCCCGUGACCAAGCCAUGGCGGAUUGUCAGUGGUGUCCCCGGAACUUCCUUUGCGAGGUGCGGCAGGACUGGUUCGACAUGUGUGGACCCUACAAGCAUCCGGAGCGACGGCGCUUUCAGCGGAUCUCCAUUGAGAAUCCCCUGCCACCGCUCUUCCAAGACAUUUUGGAGAAGAAACUGGAGCUGAUGCAAAAGCUGGACCCCACGGCUGAUUUGUACCAAGGUCCUCAGUACUGGGCUCUGGGUGAUCAGCAGCUCAUGGCAGACUUUCCCAAAGACGGGGAGUUUCGCAAGAAGGUUAUGAGAUGGGGAAUUCGCCGUGGUAUCCACCUGGAUGCUAUGGACCGUCUGUUGCUCUUGAGCCGGGAGCACAUCGAUCGGAUCAUGACUGAGUACAAGCCCCCGGAAGAAGAUGAAGCGUUUUGGGUGUGCCCCGAGUGCAUGAACCUGAAUCACCCUGACCAGUCGGAAAGAUCGAAUGAGUGCCAGGGUUUCGGCUUCCUCACCGCGCAAAAAAAAUGUCAAGGAAAGCCCAAGGUGCUUCGAUCAACUAAGCUGCCAGAUGGCUGGCGCGACUACUUGGCAGAUCCCACCAUUCACCUGAUUUGGAUUUUGAAUCCCAUCCUCCUGGAAGCGAGGCGAAUGGCUAUUGAGAAGAGUCGCCCGUCUUGGGACAGACCUCCCACUGAAGAAGAAGGAGAUAUGGCGACUCAGGAGCAGAUCAAGUCCCUUCAUGCUGCCUUGGUGCAAGAUGCCAAGACAGGCGGCUUCGGCUUGAACGAGGAAGACUUGAAGGAUGUGGCAGGUUUGGAGACAGCACGAAUGCCUUUGUGCUUGCCACCCGACAGUCCUGUCUGGAGAAUGCGGCUUCCCGGCAAGGGUUUAGGCUCACAAUGGAGGUACAGCCUGAAAGGUAAGGAGCGAAUCAGGGUGGCAGCCAAUUUCUCGGUGAGACUGAAGACAUAUAAAGAGCCCAUUCUGGUGGACACCGACGUUCUGCCCCUGAAGGCUAUCAUGGCUGAGGACCAGGAUGUGGCCCCCCGAUCUGCUCCUGUGGAUCAGUGGAUGGAGGAACCAGAAGAGCCACUGGCUGAGCAGGACAGGGUCAAGGACUUCCAGGCGCGGUUCAAGCCAAGGGAGAGCGCCAAUUCCAAGAAGCGCUCAGCCCCAGAACCAGAGCCGCAAGCGCCACAGCCGGAGCCGAAACGAGGACGGCCAAGGUCAUGGCAGAAAGUGGAGUCCGCAAACGGGAAGGUUUUCUACGUGGAUCCGGAUACUGGAGACAUCAGUCACGAGCGUCUAGCAGAUUUCCAGGAGACCAAACCAGUGUGGGAGAUGGUCGAGUCCAAGACAGCCAAAGGAGUGUAUUACUACCACAAUCACGACUCAGGCGAGACACGCACGCGAAGACCACAGGGAGUGCCCAUCUUGAAUGACCACUUCGACAAUGUGGACGCUGCCACUGCCCCAGCGGCUCCAGUGUCCCCUAGAGAUGCCAUGGUGGAAGAGGGCAUCCCCUGGCAACGAGUGGAGUCCAGGUCGAAACCAGGCCAUUUCUAUUAUUUCAACCCGAUUUCAGGAGAGAAUGAAAUCAAACCGCCCCGUGUGCAGGAGCCCUGGAAACUGCUGGAGUCAGCAACUGCCGGGCAGUGGUACUACUACAACACUGUGACGGGUGAACGGACCGAAGUGCCUCCCUCCUGCGCCGUGCCCGCCUCGGCCCCCCCGGCACCGCGGCCGGCGCCGGCAUCGCCUGUGCGGGCCAUGGCGCAGCCAACGAGGCCCCCUGCAACUGAUCUACCGGAGGGCUGGGAGCAGCACCUAUCUUCACAACAUGGGAAGUUCUACUACAUUAACACCAGGACGAAAGAAACCACUUGGACCCGCCCGCCCAAGCCUGCGAACGAAGAAUCUCAUUGGCAACGCCGUGAGUCUUCCAAAUAUCCAGGAAAGUUCUAUCUUCAGAACCUUCGAACUGGUGAGACCAAAUGGACUUAUGCCGAAGCAAAAUGCAUCGUGUUGGUGGCGGCAGUUGGCGGAUCCGUCUUGGACCCAGCUACCUUGGAAGGCAAGGAGCAGGACAAGCGCAGGGAACCCUGGUUUGUCAGCGCAGGCCUGGACGUGUUCUACGAACAGGGUGCGAUGGAUGACAUCUUGUCGCCGCUCAGGGAGAAACUUCCCAAAGCCGGCACGCCACCGCAGGUGUGUUUUGCGCAGCAGCUGGUCUGCGAGAUCGUCGCCUUCGCCGUGGUGAAGCACGGCUACCGGGCCAAGGCGCUUGCCACGGAACUUUUGCUCGAUCCAUUCGUUAAGGUCUAUGUGAUUCGACAUGGUCUCGGGCAGCAGGUUUGCCGUUUGCUGUCGGCGCCACAAAAGUACCUGCAGCUGGCUGCGGUGCGAGUGCUCCGCGCCAUCAUUGGCACCAAGGACGAGGCGUACGUGCGGUAUGUCUCCAAGAACAAUUUGCUCACACUGCUCCUGCAGAGCUUUGAGCGGUGCAUCAUGCCUCCAGCCCUAGGCACCAACCUCAUGGCGAGUGCCACCUUGGAACUCUUGGAGUUUAUCCGUUCACAGCCCUUGCUGAAGCGCUACGCUGAUCGGAUGAAACCCCUCGAGCAGCCGCUGGGUGAACAUGUGGGGCUUUUGCUGAAAUACCAGCAGAACCUGGAGGUUGAGAAAUAUCCGCCUGAGCAGUAUGCCUCUGGCGGGUUGGGCCUGGAUGUCCUUACAGGGAAACGCAGGCGCAUGCGAAGCCCUGGUCGAGAUGACUCGGGAGAGGAUGACAGUUACUUUGAAUCCUUGGAUGAUGAUGAGGACCCACCCCCCAAUGGAAAGGAGAAGAGUCCGGAGACGCAGCUUGUUGUCUCCACCAGCUUGAGUGAUGGCUUGCCAGGGCUCCUCGGCGGAUAUGCCGAUGCUGACGAGGAGAAUACGGCCGAGGCAUCAGCAGGGUGGCCAAGUUCUUUGAGUUGCCGGCCCUAUGCUCCAGCCAUGGCGUUCCAGUGGUCCAGUGGUCCAGUGGUGAAUGCUGUUGAACCCGAGGCCGAGGCUGACCCGGCAAGACAUGAGGCCCUCCUUGAUGGCGAGAAGCCAAGCGAGGCGCGCUGCGGUGGUGGCAAAGCCAUUGGAUGGACCGGGGAAAAGUCCUUGGGCCACGUGUCCAAGCGUCCUCGCACGCCGGGUGGCCUAGCAAAUUCUGAAACCCGCGGAGUGGCAACAGGGGUGGAGCCUGAAACGGAGGCCGAAAAGAGGCGUGGCCACGGUUUCCAAGGGUUGGCAGUUGGAGCUGCCAGUGAGUGGCAAGCGACAUCAAAACGUCUCCAGCACCAAGCAGAGUGCGAGGAUGGAUCCGGUGGAAAAGAGGAGGUCAUGGCGAGCGAGGUGGUCGAGGAGAAAUGGGAGCCGCUGGGAAGCCCGGAGAAAGCCCGGUCUUUAGCUCAGGACCACCGCCCUGUCAUUGAGGUUCCUUCAGUGCCCAUUGAAUUGCCACCUCUUGAGUGCCCCAACAUCUCCUACGAGGAUAUCCCCUUUUGGACCUUUUUGGCUGGAUUGGGAGCAGCAGGGGAGUGGCAGGUUGUUCAAGAUCAUUGCAUGAGCAGCGGGGCCCAGAACGAUCACCAAGCUGCCGAGAAUAGGCGCCUUCGUGACGAAGUGAGAGAGCUACGUGAGGACCUGAGGAGGCUGACAUUGAGGGUGGACCAUCAAGGCGACCAGAUCAGCGAACUCAGUGCUUCAGUUGUCACCUCAGCUUCUACUAGCCAAAUCAGUGGGCCAGUUUUUGAAGCCGAGCCGAGCAGUAUCCCACCUGCUCCCACUGAGAGCGUUCGCAGUCAGCGACCUCCCAGAGUGCUUGGUUCAGCUGGUGGCUACACUUGGGCUGAGCGUGAAGCAGUAGCUCGAGACAUUGGUGCCUUUCUGCGCCGGAGUUUGGACGGUGCGAACCGUGGAGAGUCUGGCAGAGACAGGUUGAAGAACCUCCAGUCACGCGUCUACGUCGUUGUCCGUGACAAAGAAGAUCGAGUUCUCAACCCAGUGCGUUUGUGCAAGACCUUCAGUGAGGUGCGAGCUUUGUGUCAUCGAGGUGACGAUUGGGGCGACUCAAUUUUCAUCGGAUUGCCUUCUCAGGCCGAAGCAGCUAUUGCAGUGUCAGCAGCAGGGCUGGGAUUGGACACCCUAGAGGGGGCACCUAUUGGCCCUCGCGAUUUUGUGCUUGCGCCUGAGGCUGGGCCGCUGGAGACUGACUAUCACGUUGGCCGGCUGACUCUUAGUGAAUCUGGCCUUGCUGCCGGUGUCAUUGCAAUUGCCAUUCUGGACGGUAAGCUGUUGAUAGCGCUUCCUGAAGCAGUUUGGAGCAGGACUCCCAAUAGGCGAUUGAUUCCUUCCAGAUCUCUUGGCAAGCCUGUCCUGAUUGCCGUUGCUGCUAGUCACUACGAAGAGCGUGACCAGCCCCUUUCAGGUGUGUACUGCAAAGUAUGGGUCGGCUUCGCCAGCAGGGAACUAGAGCAAGAGCUAGAUUUUGUCAGCGAGGAGGUGCUUUCAUACGACUUCAACCCAGAGGGCGAGAUGGACCUUCUUCCUUCAGCCGGAGGUUUGGUGGAAGUGGCGAGGGAGCAUUUUUCUUUUGUAACGGCAGAUUCUGCAGUUCCAGAAUGUCCGCCAGAGUCUCCUCGCAGGCAGGAAGACCGUUUGCAGUCCUUGGAAGCCAGUCUAGAGCAGAUCCAGCAGAGUCUUUCAGUUUUGAUGGGCCAUUUGCAGCCCGAGAAGAAGGAUUCAACAGCAGACAGGGUUCGUUCUCUGACAGCCACCCCAAAAGUGUCAGCUUCAGUGAAGAAAUCAAAGAGGGGCAGCCUAGACCAUGCCGAAGUGCCGGGCCUAGACAGAGAGGCGGUGCAAGCCGCCCUUGCAGCAGGAGUCCCUCUGAAGCAUCUUCAAGAAGUUGGCGCUGUUUUGAGUGGAAAGCCCAAGCGCCUGGACGAACUCCCUCGGAAGAAGCUCACAAGGCGAAAUCACAGUGGCCCCUUGAGCGAAAGCGAGGAGGAGAGCGAAGAGCUGGAGCCCGACCCCGUGCAAGGCGGAGAUGGUUCUCAAGUUGGCGGAGGGAAUGGCAAGCAGAUGGAACAGGCUGUGCUCCACCUUGCAUCCAUAGCAAAACACCUUGCAGCUCCGAAGGAGAAGAAAGACCGCAUCGAAACACUGCUGGACGGAGGAGGUGGUUUAGCGCAGACUUCAGAAAGCAGCUCGAGUCAAGGGAGUCGGAAGAAUUCUGUGGCAAUGCGGGCUUUGCAACGGUGUUUGGUGGAGGACCCAAAGUACAUCUAUCAGGCCUUGGAAGCCAACCUGCAGAGCGAUUUUUCAGCCAGACCGAUUCAACCUGGGGAACCUAUGAGCAGUGGGACCACUGUAAGAGGCUGGUUAGCCGCGAGAUCCCGGGUUCAAAACUAUACAAAUCAUGUGAGAUGGUGCUGGCAAACUGCAGGGAUUUGGGACGCUCUCAUUGCCGGCCGCCACGACGAAGCUCGUGCGCGGUGCGGCCUCCUCUUGGCUUCAGCCGAACAGGCUUCGAUCGAUGGCGGAAGCUGGAUCGUUUCGAAUGUGGCCUUAUUGGAGCAACCACCGCCGUAUCAGGCUUUUGCCAGCCACCAGGCGCCAACGAGUGCCGAACUCCAGCACUCGACCUUGUUCGAUCCGAGAUGGGCGGAGAUCUUCUUGGGCCAUCUGAAGGAGGUGGACAGCUUUGUGGAAGCAAAGAAGAAGCUGGGAAAUUCCAAGACUCCCAGCAAAGACUCCAGCGAAGAUGGAACGAGGAGGAACCCCCAUGCGAAGCCCAAAGCGAAAGCCAAAGGCGAGAAGGAGGAGAAGAACAAGAAAGGCCCAGCCACUCCGGUCCCAGGAGCCUCAGCUUCGACCUACAGUGGGUCCAGCAUUUUUCAGAGCCUCCUUCGCCACCUGCUGAGUUCGAAGAGCCGACUUGGCGGUUUUGCACGUAGUUUUGUCACCUGGCAUUUAGCCCAUCGAAUUUCUGAUGGUACAGCUUCCUUUGAGCUCUUCCCCUUGCCUUGCCCGUAUCCCGAAGUGUUUUGGCGAAAAUCUGCAGAGGAGGACAAGAGGUUAUCUCUUAAGAAAGGUGUGGUCGCAGCCAUCAUCAUUCUGAAUUAUCUCCACUACAACAGACCCAAAGCUUGGGAUGAUGGGAUGAAGACAAAACGGCAGCUUACAAAGAAGCAGUGGGAAGCUGUCAGACGGCUUGAGUUCUUUAUGGAGGCUUGGACCGAAUUCAAUUUAGUCACACCUGAAGUGAUGGGGAGGACAGCUGGUAAAGUAGAAUCUUUGGAAGGCGUACUCUCUGAGCUGGAAAGGUGUGCAGCUCCUUUAGCGAAGUCUGGAGGGGGCUAUUUCAAUGCCACAAGCGUCCAGAGGAAUGUGCCUCUUGUUUCAGGUACUUCACAAGGUCCAGAGCUUAGCAACAGUGGUAUGACCACGUUCAAGGAGGUGGCUGCAGACAGGCUCACUUUUGUGGGUCGACCCAGUUUUGAUCCGACACCAUUUUUGGAUCCUCUCAGCAAAAAGAUCUUCAAUGACCCAAUGAGCUGUCGGCUUGACCCUAGUGAGUGCAAAGUGAAGCAACCUCGUCUUCGAGUCCAUUGUAGCCGGCAGGAAAAGAUUAAACUGUUUGAGCUGCUGGACGCGAGCGAUCGGCUUAGGAUUCAUCUCCCCUCUGAAGUCACACCUUCUUUUGGCUCUGGUUUGUUUUCGGUAACGAAAGAUCUGGCCCGUGACCGCCUCAUCUUAGAUUCCCGAGGGGCGAAUUUGCUGGAGAGUCCCCCCCAACGUUGGAUCAAGAGCUUAGCAUCAGCCGAAAGUUUGACUCGACUUGUGUUGGAGGAGGACGAGGACUUAGUGUGCUCUGGCAAUGAUUUGCGAGAUUUCUAUUACUUAUUUCAAGCCAGCAGUUCGAGGUCAAGAAGGAAUGUUUUAGUUGGUGCGAUGAAUCCCAAAGAGCUCCAGCACUUGCAUGCCCUGAAGCAGGAGCACUUGUCCAGCCCAGUGGUUUUUGGUGCGCUGGGCACUUUGGCAAUGGGAGAUUGCCAGGCUGUCGAGCUGGCCCAGAGUUGUCAUUUGGGCCUCGGUCUCCAGCGUGACAUCAUCACUGCAGACAACCUUUGCACCAUGUAUAAGCCGCUGCCACGUGAGCGAACUAUGUGUGGUCUUGUCAUAGAUGAUUUUAUCACCAUGAGCAAGGUCUGUAACCGCCACAGCGCUGGGGGGUGGAGUGAUGGUGCGAAGCUUGCUGAAAAGAUGCAGGACGUUUAUGAAGAGGUCAAGCUCAUCCCCAACAAAGCAAAAGGUUUUAGAGAUGAACUUUGCAGCAGCUUUUGGGGGGUGGAUUUGGAUGGCAAAAGGGCCCUGCUACGAGGCUCCUUGAAGCGGGCGAUCCCCCUUGCUGGCCUCAUCCUCAAGCUAGUCUCAGUUGGGCACGCUACAGCGGAUCUCAUGCAGAUCAUUGUGGGGUCAAUUAUUUCUCUGUUCCUUUACAGAAGACGGCUGCUCUCUCUUUUGGACUCGUUGUUCAAGUGCUGCAGGCGUGCUGAUGGAAAGGAGGUUUUCAAGUUGGAUGGGAGAACUACCAGCGAUUUGCUGAUUUUAGCUGUACUCCUUCCGCUGGCCGUCACGAAUUUGAGGGCACAGUGCCCUGUAGUAGUGGCUGCUACAGAUGCUUCCAAUUGGGGUGAGGCUGCAGUUUUUGCAAGAGUACCGUUGGGGGUUGGGAAAGAACUGAUCAGACACUCUUUGCGCAAGUCAGUUUGGUCAAAACUUUUAGCACCCAGUUCUGCGCUCUUGCGAAGCCAUGGCAUGCUGCCGGAGAGUGAAGAGCUCCCCGAGCCUACUGACUGUUUCCAGUCCAAUGCCCUGUGGUCCAUGCUCGCCCAACGACUUAACUACAAAUUGCUGUUUGCAAAACAGAAGAGUGGACUCCGCCACAUCAAUGUCGGUGAACUCCGAGCAGGGCUUAAAACCGAGAAGAUCUUGGGACACCGGCGGCCUUCCAGCCGGGUCCUGCUUGGAAUGGACUCACAGGUGGCACUAGGAUCCUUGGUCAAAGGAAGAUCCUCCUCGGCAGCUUUGAAUGCUGAGCUGGCGCGUUCUAUCCCUCUGAUGCUUUUGCAAGACACCUAUUUUGAGGGCAUGUACUUCAACACAGCUGAGAACAGAGCAGAUCAGCCCACAAGGGGAAAAGAGAUCGAACCCCCUGUAGCGCCACUCCCUGAAUGGUGGGACUCCUUAGCUCGUGAAGAAUACCAGAGCUUUGACCGGUGGCUUUUUGAGCAGGGACUUGACGCCGAGACCUUGUCGGGCCUCCCUCCGCUGGAUGAACUUUGUGGCAACGUUUCACCUCAAGGCAUUUUGCCUAAGUAUUUGCGGAAUGAACUUUUAUGCAGCAGCAGUCAAGAAGAUGAAAGAAGCCUACGAGGUGGGGACCUGGGUUUGCCGAGCUCUUCAUCGUCGGCGCAGCCGCUGCGGCGGACUGCGAAUUACGGUCGGCCCAGCCCUCACCUCGAUGCUUCUAAUGAGAGUUUUUGUUCUCAGCCUCCAGCCUCACCUGAGCCAUCUGCUCCAGAGGCGACUGGCCUUGAUCCUAGGAGCCAUGAGGUUCAACAUGCUCCAAAAGUUCAGGAAAAGAAACGGUCUCUGCGGGUGCUGCCGCCUCGACUUAGCAGCGAGGCGAUCGCAGCCCUUUCCACUUUCCCUCGAGAUCAGUUUGAGCUAGGGAAUGGGGUCCAAUGGCCUCCGCAACAUGCCGGUUUCCUUGAUUUAUUUUCUGGAAAGCGAGGUGUGGCAAAGCAACUUUCAAAGCUCAGCAGCUCCUGGAGCCUUUGUUUUGAUUUAGCCGAUAGCCCUUCGCAAGAUCUGAGUGAUCCAAAGCUGCGUAGCCGCAUUGAAGAGCUGAUCAGGUUGGGUUGCUUUUUAGGGAUUGGCGGAGGACCUGUGUGUGCUUCUUUUUCAAUGGCAGUGAGACCAGCAGUCCGUAGCGCUUCUCAUCCCUAUGGCGUUCCAGAUAUGAGCGAUAAGAUGAGGCCCAAGGUUUUAGCAGGAAAUGACAUGGCGCUUUGGGUCUUCAAACUUCUGGACUUAGCGCUGGGACUUCAGCUUGCUGUUUGGCUUGAAAACCCUAAUGCAUCCUGGAUGUUUCGCCUUCCUGCCUGGCUCAAGCUACUCGAGAAGUGGAAAGCAGAACUAGGACACUGGACAGUGGAUUACUGCCGUUUCAAAACGCCCUGGAGAAAGAGGACAAAAGUUUUUUCGAAUACUCUGCUGCGUGGUCAUCGGACUUUGUGUGCUGGCGGGCAUGAACAUCAGCUACUGAAGGGGUACUCCAAAAAGUUUAGGAAGUCCUGGACAAAGGUCGCAGAGCCCUACCCUGAUGGAGUUGCAAAUGCGGUGGCGAUCGCCUUGGCGAUGUUUGCUGAUUUAGUGGACAGCUCUGGUGUUUUUGACCCCGCUAACUGCUCUCGCACUGGUCACAUGCGAAUUGGCGAGGCGAAGAAUCCAGGACCCCGACCUCCCAGGACUCAGGGUCGUGUAGGACUGUUAGAAGCUGUUCCUUUAGUUGAGCCACGAACUCUUGCACUUCAAAGUAAGAUCUGGGAAGGGUUUCUAGGGUGGUUAGCUUUGUCACUGAGCCCCGGCGCGAUAGACUCAGCCAUGGCGCAGCCUCACCUGUUGGUUUUACUGGCGAAACAGUAUGGAAAUUUUCUAUAUUCCUCUGGCAAGUCCCUCUUUGUGUACCGCCAUUUUCUGGUUUUCUUGCAACAAAGCUUUGUGACCGUAAAGCCCUACAUGAGCGAUUGCUGGGGGUUGGUCACUAGAUGGGAAGUCAUGGAACCAACCGUGCACCGAGUGCCGUUGCCCUGGGCGAUUUACAGAGCCAUGCUGACCAUUUCCAUUGGGUGGGGCUGGUUUCGCUUUGCUGCCAUGCUCCUUCUUGCAUUCUUAGGUAUUUCUAGGCCUGGUGAACCUUUAGCAGCUUUUCGGAGCGAAUUGGUGUUGCCGAAAGAUAUGCUGGAUGAGACUCAGCAAGUUGCCUAUCUCAAGAUCCUUAAGCCGAAGACGAGACGGCGAGGGAAAGGGGUGGUUCAACAUAUUUCGGUACAAGACCCUGAAGCCAUUUCUUUUCUGGAUAAGCUGUAUGGAGGUCGGCCAAAGACCGAGCGCUUGUUUGAAUGCUCGCCCAGUGCCUUUCGGCGACGCUGGGACUCCAUCCUUCGCGCUCUGUCAGUGCCUAAGAGUGCAGGAUUGACGCCAGGCGGUGUCAGAGGGGGCGGCUGUGUGUACGCUUUUCAAACUGGAACUGAUCUCCCGCGAUUACUUUGGAAGAUGCGUAUCAAGCACCUGCAGACCCUAGAAAGUUACCUACAGGAAUGUGCCGCUUCAACAGUAGUUUGUGAACUGCCAGCCGAAGCCCGAGAAAGAAUCCGCUCGGCAUCCUUGCUAGCUCCUUUUCUUCUAGCUGGAAGCCUAAAGACCUGA